GUACCAGCUGCCGUCAAAGGGCGUAACAGCGGCGUGUGCCGGAGAAGCUCUGAGAGAUUUUAUUCAUUAUUCUUUCCUGCGUCCGAGGAGAGAGAGGGAGCGCGCAGCUGACCAGCAUGGCCUCCUCUGAUGAUACAGAAGGCUCUCUGACCCCUGUGGAUUUUAUCCAGCUGCAGCACUACAUGGAAGAAAGCAAUUUGAGGGUGAAAGAUGUGAUUAAGGAGUUUCAUCCGGGGGGUCGGCUGGCUCAGCACAGCUUUGGAGAGCACGUCGAUGCCGAGGGCUUCUGUCUCUUUCUCAAGACCUACCUGGAAGCGGACGACUUCCCUGCAGAUUUCUGCCAGCGGCUUUUUCGUUAUUUCCAAAACGUAGAGCAAGAUGGGUCCUCGAAGGGCACUCAGUCCAAAGGAGGUGGUGUUUUUCUUCGUGAUGUGUCCUGUUACUUCUCAGUGCUGGAGGAGGGACAGCCGCGGGAGAAGCUCGAAUUUACAUUCAAACUAUAUGACAAAGAUGGCAACGGCCUCCUGGACAGCUCUGAAGUGGAUCGUAUAAUCACUCAGAUGAUGCGAGCCGCUGAUUAUCUGGGCUGGGACGUGACUGAACUCAGACCAGUGCUCAAAGACAUGAUGACAGCGAUUGAUGUGGAUGGUAGUGGGACCGUCACUCUGGAGGAGUGGCUAAAGGGAGGCAUGAACAAUGCACCUUUACUUGUUCUCCUUGGACUGAAGAUGACUGAAAAGGAUGGGCAGCAUAUAUGGAUGAUGAAGCAUUUUAACAGGCCAACCUACUGCAGUGUGUGUGAGAGCAUGCUGCUCGGCCUUGGAAAGCAGGGACUCUGCUGCAACUGCUGCAAGUACAUUGUCCACAGCCAGUGUGCUAACAAGGAUCCUGAACCCUGCGCUCGUACCUUUGUCAAAUCUAAACAGGAAAUUGGUAUAGCGGCUCAUGACUGGAUCAGAGCUGACUGUAAUGCCAGCAAAUGUGAUGUCUGCAAUAAGAAGAUCAAAACUUUGGCUGGGAAGCGUUGUGUGUGGUGCCAGGAAUUGCGUCAUGAUGAGUGUGUUUUGCGAGGCUUAUCGAAUUGUGAUUGUGGGCCACUGAAGGAUCAUAUCCUGCCUCCUUGGGCCAUUUACACUGUCUCUAAGGAGGAGGACACCAGCCUGUUGAAUGUCACUCCUGAUGGCCACAUCUUGCAGAUAGUUCCCAUUCCUCGCACCCACCCUCUGCUGGUGUUUGUGAACCCAAAAAGUGGAGGAAAGCAAGGUCAACGGGUGCUCAGGAAGUUUCAGUACCUGUUGAAUCCACGCCAAGUAUACAACCUGUCCAAUGGAGGCCCUGCUCCAGGACUGCACUUCUUCCGUAAUCUGCACGAGUACAGGAUCUUGGUGUGUGGAGGAGACGGCACCGUCGGAUGGCUCCUGGAUGCUAUAGACAAAGAAAACCUCCAGGUGCAUCCUCCAGUAGCUGUGCUAGCUCUGGGCACUGGGAAUGACCUGGCUCGCUGUCUACGCUGGGGAGGAGGAUAUGAUGGGUCAGAUUUGAGAGAAAUACUGAAAGAGAUUGAAGCCAGUGAGCUGGUUCAAAUGGACCGUUGGAGUAUCCAAGUGAUACCAAAUGACCCUCAGGAGGCAGGAGACCCUGUGCCCUAUGAGAUCAUUAACAACUACUUCUCCAUUGGAGUGGAUGCCUCUAUUGCUCAUCGUUUCCACUCCAUGAGAGAGAAACACCCCCAGAGGUUCAGCAGCCGAAUGAAGAACAAACUUUGGUAUUUUGAAUUUGCCACUUCAGAGACCAUCUCCGCCUCCUGCAAGAGGCUGAAGGAGUGUCUAACAAUUGAGUGCUGUGGAAAACCUCUGAAUCUGAGUCACAUGUCUCUAGAAGGCAUAGCUGUCCUUAACAUACCCAGCAUGCACGGAGGCUCCAACCUCUGGGGUGAGUCUAAGAAGCCUGAUGGUGUGGCAGAUGUGGAGCAGAGUGAGGUUAUCACUGACCCCGAACUUCUGAAGACAGUCUCUCAAGAUAUAAGUGAUAAACGUUUGGAGGUGGUGGGGCUUGAAGGAGUUAUAGAGAUGGGACAAAUCUAUACUGGACUGAAGAGUGCAGGGCACAGACUGGCACAGACUUCCCAAAUUACCAUCAGGACAUUUAAAGCCAUGCCUAUGCAGAUUGAUGGUGAGCCCUGGAUGCAGUCUCCUUGUACUAUCCAUAUAACUCACAAGAACCAAGCUAACAUGCUAAUGGCCGCACCAACCAAACCAUCUGGGUUCUUUCACCUCAAAUAGAGGCGUGGCACUCCUGCAUCCUCCAGCCCUCUGAGGAUCACUGCAGCUCACCAGUGUUAGCACAACAGUGUUGCAGGAUGAGUAGAUGAGAACAUCCAACACUGAGUGUGUAACUGUGUUUUUAUUAUUACGUUUUAUGGUUUACAUCCUUUGCGCCCAAUCCCUGAUCAUCAUUUUAAGUUACUGCUUUCAUAGCCACACCACAGUGACAGACCAAAUCAAAACUGGAAAUUUCACCAGUCUGAUUGCUGCUUUUGUGUGCCAAUUUUAAUGUAAUGCAUUCUGUUUCUAUGGAUUGAAGAUCUCUAGUAUAUGCACAAGUAAUAUAUACGUACUAACUGUAUUUUAUGUUGUAAUGUUUUUUUUUUGUGCUAAAUCAUAUUUACAGUAGUAUAUGUACUUCCUGGUGCAGCUAGUGAUAAAAAGCCCACAGCAGUUCACCAGCUAACUUGUCCUGUAUAUUCAGAUGUACUUCAGCGUCAGUGUUCAUCCAGUUGAAAGAUAAGAAGACAUUUAUUUGAAUGUUUUGACUGUUUUUUAAAUAACUGUUAUUGAAAUCAUGCAAGGAACUCUUGAUUGAAUGUGACUGAAAGUGUUUUUUUUUUCAGUCAUGAAAGUGCUAAGGAGAGAGGCGUUUGAUACAGCCCUCCCAUAUUUUAAGAGUUUAAUGUCAGCAGCAAUGUAAACACCUGAAAUGACAUGUAACAUUAGCUUCUUUACCACUGUUGUGCUGUGACCUCGCUUUGUCAAUUUAAAUCUAUGUGUCAACAAUGUUAUUAGAUCCC